AUGUCUCCUCACGCCAUCCAGAGCCCUGAACCACAGAGAAAACGACGAAAGGGUGCAACUCGCCUCAGUUGUGCCGAGUGCAGACGACUCAAGUUGCGCUGUGAUCGUGCAGUUCCGUGCAGUUCAUGCGUCAAGAGAGGUUGUGGGGCAAUUUGUCCAGAUGGAUCUCUCACGACAGGACAGGGAAAUCGAUUCGUCCUUGCUUCAACACAAGAGCUGCACGAGAAAAUACACGAGCUCGCAAAUCGUGUGCGGGAACUAGAGGAUGCAUUACGAGCUGAUCAUGCCCGCAUCACGACUGAACAACACCCGCUCCUAACGGAUGACUUGUUGAAAAUCAAAGCUCCGUUGCAGCGGGAAAUUCCCCAGAACAACGGGAAACCAAAGCAGGAGGAGGAGACCAAUCCUGAUGUCCUAGAUGCUUUUGGUUCACUUUCCAUCAGCAUUUCUGGAAAAGCAAACUACCUCGGCCAAAUCGCCAAUUCAUGGCUUUUUCUUCAGAAUGAGUCUAGCGAGGACGAUGAUCAACAGGACAAUCACCUUGGUACACUACAAUCAAUGCUACCUAUACCUAUCUUGAAUCGAGCCGCGGCGUUGCCGAUCACGACUGUCGCUCAACCAGAACCGGCUUCAGUCGCACUCCAGUCACUUUACUGGUAUCUGCCUUCCACAGAAAGAGCUGCAGAAUUACGGUCAAUAUAUUAUCGCUAUGCGGCAUGGAUGUACAAUCCCGUGUCUCAAGAGAUGUUUGACUUUGAAAUCUACACCCAAUUCUACGGUCAACAAGUUCAACCAUCCCCCGACUCCGAUCCACAACUUCACCAUCGACUAGCCGUCAUGUUCAUGAUAUUGGCUAUUGGUUCCCUUAUGGACAGUUCUCUUCCAUCCUAUAACAUUGAAGCGGAGAAAUACCAUCAACUGGCUCGGGCCGCACUCUUCCAGAAACCGUUCUUACACGCACCGACAAUCAGCGCGGUGCAAGCACUAUUCUUAAUGACUUACUAUCUUUUCAUUGCUGACCGGCACGGGACUGGUUCUGGUGGGCGAUGGGCGAUUAUGGGCUUAGCAGUCAAGUUGGCACAGAGUAUCGGCCUUCAUCGUGAUAGCGGACGCUGGAAGGGCGUAGAUAUAGAAGAAACUCAAAGACGGCGGCAACUUUUCUGGGAAAUAUUUACAUACGAUUCAUGGCAGUGUUAUACCUUUGGACGACCUCCUUCUUUUGCUCUCCCUCAUAUCGACUGCAAGAUGCCUCAUUCUACUGAACCCGCUGAAGAUCAGAUAUUCCAUGCUUGGAAACACCGUUUUGUUUCGGAAUGCAUGAAUUUGCUACAUGAUCAAGCUUUCGGGGCAAGAACUCCGACCUACGCUACCGUUCUUCAGCUGGACCGAAAACUACGAGCUUUCCCCGUACCACCUGCACUUCAGGUAGCUGGUUUUGGAAGUUCAGAACCUCAUUCAAGUGUAUCGGAGACAGUCAUGUUGACUCUACAAAGGCAUAUUGUGCUCGCUAUCAGAGAGAUGAAUCUGUUAUACCUCCAUCGAAGCUUCUUCGCUCAAGCUAUCAGCGAUCACCCGAAGGAUCCUCUUGGAUCACCCUAUGGAACUUCCGUCAUUGCGGCGUACCGUAGUGCAGGAUCCCUCGUUGCACUCAUGCGGAACCUACAUACCCAACUGAAAGAACCCAGUGAGAGACUGUGGUUCUUAUGGACACACAUGUUUUCGUGUGCUAUUGUUCUCGGUUCCAUCGUCACCAGAUGUCCCUCCAUGAGUUUAGCACCGUCGGCACUCGUUCAGCUAGAUUCAGCCUGUGAACUAUUCUCGAAGGCUGCUCGGGGCUUUCGGGCAACUAAAGUCCUUAGCAUCAUGUUGAAUCUCCAAGAAAGAGCGCAUGCCAGUCUGAACGAGUUUCGCAAGGGGACGAGAUCCCUCGGAAGGCACAGCUCCAUGGGUGAGCCUCUUACCCCCGUUUCAGAUGACGACGAAUUGGCAAUGCUCGGAGGUAAAACGAGACUUGUCAAGAAAGAGCCCGGAUCGCCCCCGAUGCUUCAUCGUUCUCCUACCUCGCAUAAUCCUGUCGUGCCCCUGCCUCUCCCCUCGUCAGCGACCUCUCACGUCGAUCCUAACGUCCUAGAGUACCUCCGGUCAUUCCAAUCUAACCAUGCCCAAGAACCACCCUCAGCUCACAGUUCUUAUUCAGACGGAAUUGAGGGGAUGUCUCCUGUGUCCAUGUAUGGACUGACGGCAUUACCGGGGGCAAGUCCUUUCCAUUCUGAACGGAAUAACUUCGGUGUGCACGGAACGUCAUCAUCGCCGACCUCUCAGCACGCAUCACGAACGAUGGGCAUGAACGGUAGUGGAUCCCAGAGCCAAUCUUUUCCACAAUAUUUCCCAGUCUAUGAUUAUGGGUCAUCAUCAACGAUGGCUAAUGGAUUUGGAUCCGCGCCGAUGUUGGACGCGAAUCCUUUACCUAACCAGAGGCGGUCAAGCUCUGGAUCCCCCGAGCAGAAUUCUAUGCACUCGACAUGGCAAGACUUUGUGAAUGAUAUGCAGUUAUGA